UUGUGUUAAUCACGGUGCUGAAAGCCAGGAACUCCCUCAUCCGAAAGCAGCUUUGGCCUGUGGCCUUAGGGCACAUUCGAGCCACCUUCCCCCCCGUAAAGUGGGACUGAAACAUGGCUUGUUCCCAGGAAUGGGAAGUGGUAACUGAAGAGCACCAGAUGUCUGGUGCUGAAUUGUCACCAUUUUUCCUGAUCAGUACUAACCCAAAUUCAAACCCUGUCAAUGCUGAAAUAUCAGCCAGAAAUCCAAGUCAAGUCACGGCCCUGUUGGCUGUCUCUGCAAAACUGAGACAGGGUGGGCUAUGGCUCUUGAGGGGCAGGAAGUGUUGGUUCAAACAAGCUUUUUGGCGGGGUCAUGGUCCUGCAUACGCUCUGCAGGCUCUCAGCAAGCAACUGACUGCUACAGGGGGCUAUUUUAAGUGGCUUUCUAGAGCCGAGCUAGCAGACCUCUGCCUCAAGCCUCGCAUGUGAGAGCUGCUGAAGUGAGUGCACAAGACGGGAGGAGGAGGAGGCGAUCCAUGGCCCUGCAACAAGACAUGGGGACUGGCAUCUAGCCUCUGCUGAAGCUAUUUAAUAGGCCUCCCUUGGUAAGAGCUAGUUUUAUAUGAUGUUACUUCAGAUGCACAUGCAUUUAAAUCCGACAGUAGUGGCUGGAGGCCACUCCAGGCACCUUAUUUCUCACAGCUGCCCCACAGGCAGGGCAGAGUCAGCUAUAGCAGCAUGAGGAUAUAAUGAGCUGUCUUCACACACAGCUGCAGUCAGGGUGAGCUGGCUACCGAGAAACAAAAUGUGGUUGAGAGCAGCAUUUGACGUUGUGCUUAAAACAUGUAUGACAGACACGACCUGGGAUGGAAAGCUGUAGACUGCUGAGACUGGUGCUGGCUUUGUCCUUCGGACAGCACCACAACUCCCAAGGUCCGUCUGUGCCGUUGGCCUUCCCAGGGCAGAUUAGAAGGAGUAAAUGGGAAGGAUUGUUUAAAAAAAACCUCACACAGGUGCAUCGGUGCUCUAACAGCUUUGCAAAGGUGAAUGGAUUUAGUGCUUAGAGUGCAAGUUUGCUGCAAGCCCCACAGAAAGGACAAGUGCCCCAGGCUCUUGUGUAAUACUGGGAAACGCAUGUACCCCAACCUGUUGCAUAUUCGAGGUAGGUUAGUUUGGACUUUUGUCCUUUAUGCAGCUGCCUUCGGUUAAGGUUCGUGCAGUGCUGUCCUCACCAAGGGCGUUUUACCAGUCCAGUCUGUGCACUUCAACUGCAGACAGUUUAAAAUGGAAGCAGCUCAGCCCAUCUUGGCACAGUCAGCACUGGUGGCCUAUACCGAGCUCUCAGGGUACAUACCGGGCAAACCAAGGAAGACUGUUUGGUGAUUGCUUGCUUCCAUUAGAUGACGAGUAUUAAAAAACAAAGAUUCCAACUGUAACUAGGCUGUAACUUUCCCGGUAGCAGGCUGGCAGAGCCUUCACCCGGCCAGGAACAGAAAUGGUGGGAUAAUUCAGAGACCAAUUGAGAUCUACUGCUGAAAAGUGCUGCAUAAGAGCGAUUAAUUCACCACUCGGGCAGGGAAUGGAGAGAGUUUUCACAAGUUUGACACACAUGUGGGGCUAGUUUCCUCUCAAGAACAGAGGCCUCUUCAGUGUAAUUCUCAGCUCCUGAAUGGCAUGAGUGGGAACUGCACUAAGCCCCUUGUGCAGAGUGGUUGCUGGGGUAGUGAGGCUAGACCUGCGCUAAAGACAAGUGGUGGGCUUGCCUCCUAUCUGAAGGCAGCAGCCCAAGCACUGUACAGCGGGUUCAAUGGCUGGAUGGGUCAAAAAUUGCUUCUCAAAUUCCAUUUCCUGGGGGGGAUGAAUAGUUUGUUCCUUGGAACGUUCUCUGGGAAGGAACAAGUAUUUUCAAAGGUAGGGGAGACUGAUACGAAGGGGCACUCAGCUAGAGCGUGUGAGCACUCCUAGGUGGUGGCAUCAGGGACACGAAAAGGAUGGCCAGCCACUCACGGAAGCUGGCAAUCUUGUGGGGCUUGCACAGGGUGUCCCCCAGCCUCAGGUACUCCGCCCACACUACAGAUUCAGACACCAGCAUGUAGCUGUCCAAGCUGGGGUCCGAUCCCGGUGCUAGCGUUAAUACCCACUUCUUGUAGAGCUUUCUGGCUGCUUUCAUAAAGAUCAUGGGCUCAGAACGUAGGUCUCGGAGCAGGAUUCUGCCAGCAACACAGCUUCCCUUUGCCCUGCUGGGGCACUGGGUUGAGCGCUGAUGAAGCAGAACCACCACCAUUCCCUGCAGCAUCUAGGACUCCCAUCCCAGAAGUGACCCGGCCCAGCUUUACUGAAAUACCAAGAUCUGACGAGUAUUAGGCUGCCAGAGUCCUAGCUUUGUGUUAAUGUUAAAUAUAAAUGCUUGCCCUCCGCUAGGAACUAGUGUGUGUGGGAACAGUCUCCAGUGGAGUCAGGUGAGAGGCCGGUGGCUAGAGCACUAGGCUGGAGCUUCGGAGACUGGGUUUGAGUCCUUGCUCUGUGACAGGCUUCCUGCGUGACCUUGGGUAAGUCACUUGCAGUCAGAUUUUCAAAAGCACUUUUGAAAAUGGCACUAGUCUCUGUGCCUCAGCUCCCCCUAUACAAAAAUGGCGAUAACGGCACUUCCCCAUGGCACAUCAGUGGUGUGAAGAUGGGGAAGAUUAUGUGUGAGGUGCUCAGAUAUUGUGGAAAUACGGGCGAGAUACGUACCUUAGUUAGCUAGAGAGUCCACCAUGCAGUAUUAAUUCCAUCUCUAGGCUCAGGAAGGUUAGUUUCAAGCCUCAGUAGUGGGUUUUCCUCAACACUUAAAAACCAGCUCUCUAGCCCCAGGAUGAGAGCAAGAGCUACACUGGGCCAUGCUAUUUCCAUCUGGCUUCACUCAGCAGGGGCAGGGACCUUCUGCAGCGAAGGGCUCAGACGUCAGCUGGGGGAGACACUCCAGUGCUGUUUGCACAGAUGAGUAAAUCAGUGAGUCAUGCAGCUAUAACAAUUUACCUGCAAACUGGGACAGCUGAGUUACUGACCCCACCCUCCCCUCCCCUUCCCAUGCUACACCAACUGUAUCCACUGGGUCAGCUGAGUUACUGACCCCACCCUCCCCUCCCCAUGCUACACCAACUGUAUCCACUGGGACAGCUGAGUUACUGACCCCACCCUCCCCUCCCCAUGCUACAUCAACUGUAUCCACGCAGCAGAUAAGGCGAGUGAUUAAGGCAGGUUUCAGUGCGGUGAAUUUGUCAUGAAGCCUUCAGGCAGCAUCAGACAGAGGAGCAGUCAGCUCCUGGCAAGUGGGAACAGGCUUAAUCAGUUUGAGAGUGAAACUUAGUGUAACAUGAGACACAGAUUCUAAUCAGAGUAGCUAAUUACAAAGCAGCCAAGCAAUCGCAGAAAUUGUUUUUCAAGCAUCUUCAAUGUAAUCAAAAAGAAGAAAGAGCAAUAAAUGGUGAAAGGCCUGGUUUGACAAUCGGAUGGAGGAUACAAUACAGGGCAGCUUUUAUUUGACAAAGACAAGUCUGUGUCUCAAGUACACCCUUUCAACAGCCACAAGUCCCUCCUGCGUUUAGAUCCGAGCCGUGUUCCCUGCCUCUCACAUUGAGCCGUGCUGUUAGGAAGUGACUUUAGAAGCUCUGAUUUUAAAGCAAAACUUCUGUUUCAUUGAUGUUUGUAGCGGGGAAAGGUGCCGUCUCUCAUCUGAGGCAUUUAACAAGUCGCACGAGUACACCAUCGUGAAAUAGGUGUUCCACACCCUCCCCCAGUCAGUCCGACUCUUGGACAUGCUUCCAGAGAGUGGUGUGCAACAAACUUGGACAAUAGCAUCCUGUUCUCUCUGACACUAGUCUGUCCCUCAAAGGAAAAUGGCACAGGCGAUUUAAAAAUGAACUUGGCAUCAUGUGGAAAUUUUCCCCACCAGCACCUCAGACAGGCAGUGCAGGCUUGUUUAACCAUGCAGUCCUAGCCUGCUCGUUUGCUCAGUAGACAGCUUUGGGUUGUACAGACACAAGUAGAAGGUGGCUUCUUUCUUACGCCUUCCUAGUUGCCCAUAAACAUACGCCUAGGGAAAUAGAGGUCAGCUCUGAUACAUGUAGUUCAAUUUUAAUGGAAGUAAGAGGACUUCAAUUUGAGGUAUGAUUUGAGCAUAAGAUUAGGAGCCAGAAAUUCCUUUAUUCUAAUCUCACUCCUUUACAAAAGAAAGAAAAACAAAAAUCCCCCAAACUUCUGUGGAUUUGGACAAGUCACUUCUCCUCUCUGCCUUGGUUCCCGAGCUGUAUAAUGGGGAUAAAUACUGGGGCCUUGCGGAAUUGAAGAGCCCUGUAGACCUGCCAGCGUUUUGGAACAGAAACGGCAUUUUCGGAACUCUGCCCCAUAAAGCUGGAGCUGCUCAGCCACUUUUGGUUUAUGAGCUUGUUCACUGCCUCUGGCCGCUUCUGCCGCCGAUCUGCCACCGGGUUCCCACAGCUGAGGAUAUUAGUGGGAUGAAGAGCAUCUGAAAUCUCCUGCAUUUAUGUCAGACUUAAAAUUAUAAAAUGUUUGUGAGAUUCUGGAAGGUGAGUUUAGGGCUGUUGGAAGCUGCAGGAUCAGCCAUCCCAGGGCUUGAUGGCCUCUAUCGAGACAGAGAGCAGGGACAUCAGUGGGGCAAGAUUCCCUUACACACGUUGGUAGGGAGCCUAACUCUGAUCAGGAGGGGCCUCAUCUAGGCAGGAGAGACUAGCUCACCCUCCAUGGCCUAGCAAGUCAUUGGCUGCCAAAAAGGGGGCCAAUUAUGACACUGAGAAGAGUCAGCCAUGCAAACUGGAACCAAACAGCAAGACCUCUGCUUCGGGUACCAGCCUCCUGCCCAGCAGGUCUCAGGGAGGAGGCCUUGCAUUAAGGUGGAUUUCUCUGACAUUGGCUAGUACAUAAUUCGUUUAGUUCCAAGGUGAAUCACUACAGUUUUCCUUUUAAGGAGAGUACUGUCUGAGAGGAAGUGGGGGGAGGGGUUCAUUGAGAGCUUCUCUGCCACGCCUAGCCAUCGCUCCAGGCUGAGACGCCAAGCCAAAAGCUGAUCCCGUCAGCAGAGCUGAACAGAGACUCGGAAGGCUCCCAGGGUGACUGCCUGCUCCUUUUCAAACCAGCCUCCUUGCAAAGCGGUCUCCUUUCCACCAGUGCUCCCAGCCAUGGCAAGAAACCACCAGGUGCAAAAAGCCAAGCUGGCCGAGCAGGCCGAGCGUUACGAGGACAUGGCUGAUUUCAUGAAGGCAGUGGUGGAGCACGGGGAUGAGCUCUCCAAUGAGGAGCGCAACCUCCUCUCUGUUGCCUAUAAGAACGUGGUGGGAUGCCAGAGGUCCGCCUGGAGGGUCAUCUCCAGCAUCGAACACAAGACUGAGGAGGGCGAUGACAAAGCGCAGCUGGUGAACGAGUACCGGGAGAAGGUGGAGGGGGAGCUGAAGGACGUCUGCAACGUUGUCCUGGGGCUGCUGGACAAGUAUCUCAUUAAGAAAGCCAGUGACGCAGAGAGCAAAGUCUUCUACCUGAAGAUGAAGGGUGACUACUUCCGAUACCUGGCCGAGGUAGCCACUGGGGAUGAGCGCAAGGACACCAUAGAAAAUGCUCAGAAAGCUUACCAGGAAGCAAUGGAUAUCAGCAAGAAGGAGAUGCAGCCCACGAACCCCAUCCGCCUGGGGCUCGCCCUCAACUUCUCCGUCUUCCACUACGAGAUCGCCAACACCCCAGAGCAGGCCAUCGCGCUGGCCAAAACCACGUUUGAUGAAGCCAUGGGAGACCUGCACACGCUCAGUGAAGACUCGUACAAGGACAGCACCCUCAUCAUGCAGCUGCUCAGGGACAACCUUACGUUAUGGACGGCAGAGUGCGCGGGAGAAGACGCUGGAGAAGCCGGGGAAGAGCCUAAGAACUGAACUGCAGCCCACCAAGCAGUGGUCACUCUCCCUGUCCCUCCUCCUUUUUUGUAAGACACGUCUCGGCUCCCAAAAGCUCUGCCUGGAUUCCGACAGCAAAGGGGACUGACUGGUCUGUGCGUAUGGUAUUCACAUGUUUUAUCUUGCCUUUUCUCAUGGCAGCUUUGGGACAAUCCCCCUUCCCUGACCUCCCCCUUCCUUCCACAUUUCUUGUGAUCUGCCCACUGGGGCAGUUACUGCUGUGGAAGAGCACUAAUAGCUUCACACAAACUUGGGUGUCCCACCCGUUGUCAGUAACGCCGGGGGUUCCUAACCCUCCCCAGCAUUGGGACCUGGGGGUGCCUCCUGGCACUUAACAUUUAAAAAGGGGAAGCUGAGUUUGGUUUUUGGGGUAAAGACACCAAAACCUAGUCGAUUGCAGCUAGAGAGUGUGCUCUCCUUUGCUUUCUGUAGUGACUUAUUCUGCAGGGUUCCUCUACAGGCUACUGGGUAUUCCUUGCAGACCGUAGGAAGCUGGAGGUGUUGGGCCACGGGGGGUUCUUUGUAGUGGGUUAAGAAUGACAAACUUGAGGUGCCUCCUGUAUUUGUGUAUUGCCAAAGCCACUGCCUGCCUGUCCCUCUCCAAUAAAACUGCACUUACGCUCCUGC